GGCCGCCGCCGCCGCCGCCGCCGCGACAGCAGCGUAGUCUCUCGGACAGUUCUCGGGCAUCGAGAGUUAGAGCGAGAAAGAGAGAGAGAGAGAGAGCAUCAUCGUCAUUAUUACAUAGGUAGUGUCGCUCUCGCGGUGUGUGUAUGUGUCCCAACUAUACAGAGCGAGAGUCCGCCCUACAUGGCGCUGCUGAUCAAUCCAAGAAGUAGCAACAACAGCGGCAGUACUGGCAUCGUGUUCCAGGAGAAGAGCCGAAGAUAACGAGCGCGGAGGAACGAGAGAGAGAGAGAGAGAGAGAGCGCAGUAGCAGUAGCAGCAGCAGCAGCAGCAGCACCGAGAGCAGAGCAGCACACACGGUGCACGAGGUGAUGUAAAGGAGCCAUCCCCCGAGUACGAGACCGCCCCUCAACGAGGCCGUGAAGCGAAGAGCGCGUGGUCGCACAUAUAAGGGAGGAAGGAUUCUGGACUCAGCGUGACAAACCCACCGGCCAAGCUGUCUACCACGGACAUAGAGGCCGGCGGUGAAAUCGUCCUCCCCGUUAAAGAGGAGGAGGAGGCUCAUCCCGGCGGAACCGAACUGGAGGCAGCGACUACGGCGAUAACAAUAUCGCCGUACGAGGACACGAUGACUUCGCUGACCAACGCAGAGUCCGACAGGACGGAUCGGAUGACCGAUGACGAGGACGACGAGCCUUCGAGCGGCUCCGAGACUUACGAGGAGGGCGACUUGCUCGCGUCCGCUAUGGACGAUGACGUGACGGCCCAGCUCGCCGCUGCAGGACCUGUCGGCGUUGCAGCAGCCGCGGCUAUCGUCUCGGCGAAGAAACGGAAACGACCGCACAGUUUUGAAACUAAUCCUAGUAUUCGAAAACGACAGCAGAAUAGGCUAUUACGAAAAUUGAGGCAAACCAUUGAUGAGUUCGCGACCCGAGUCGGCCAACAGGCGGUUGUGUUGGUGGCGACGCCCGGCAAACCGAACAGCAGCUACAAGGUAUUCGGCGCGAAACCGCUCGAGGAUGUAGUGAAGAAUCUCAAAGCCGCGAUAAUGGAGGAGUUGGAGAACGCACUGGCGCAGCAGGCACCGCCACCCGUCCAAGACGACCCGUCGCUCUACGAGCUGCCACCUCUCAUAAUCGACGGAAUACCCACGCCGGUAGAAAAGAUGACCCAAGCCCAGCUUCGCGCCUUCAUACCUCUCAUGCUCAAGUACUCGACGGGCCGAGGCAAACCCGGCUGGGGCCGCGAGAGCACGAGGCCGCCGUGGUGGCCGAAGGAACUACCCUGGGCCAACGUACGUAUGGACGCCCGAUCCGAGGAUGAGAAACAGAAGCAGAUCUCCUGGACCCACGCCCUGCGGCAAAUCGUCAUCAACUGUUACAAGUUCCACGGUAGGGAAGACUUACUGCCGGCCUUUAGCGAAGAGGACGACAAGUCGCAAAUACUGAUACAGCAGCCCUCGGCGCACUCCUCGACGCAGCAGUCAUCGGCUAGCCAGGGCAGCCAAUCCCAACAGACGGUGGGGGUCGUUCGCAUCAGCAGCACUGGUUCAUCUAAGGGAAACUCAUCGCCAACGCAAAUCAUUGCCGCGUCACCCACGGCUCUCACUGCCACCCAAGUGACAGUGGAUGGGUCUGAACGAGGCACAUGGAUGACGCAAUAUCCGACGGUUCUGCAAACGAUAACAAAUCCCGAUGGAACAGUUUCCCUAAUUCAGGUAGAUCCAAGCAAUCCGAUUAUCACGUUACCUGACGGUACAACCGCUCAAGUGCAAGGAGUUGCUACUAUUCACACGAGUCAGGGAGAAGUGCAAACCCUCGCUGAAGUCAGCGGUACGGACGGUACCAGCGUCGCGGUGGAUCUGAACAGUGUUACCGAGGCUACGCUGGGCCAAGACGGUCAAAUUAUUCUCACCGGCGAGGAUGGACAUGGCUACCCGGUGUCCGUAUCGGGCGUGAUAACCGUGCCGGUCCCGGCCAGUAUGUACCAGACGAUGGUGGCGAAUAUCCAGAACGACGGUACGAUGCAGGUGAUGACACCGAUGGUGCAAGUGCCGAAAGUCGAGCCGGGCAACGGAGAGGCAAGCAUCGAGGCGGUGACGAUCCAAGGCCAUCCGACGAUGACGAUGAUCAACGCCGCAGGCGAGCACCAAGUGCUACAGGUCAUAUCGCUCAAAGACGCGAACGCCCUCACCAAGGCCAUGCAGGUCGAAGUCGUCAAGGACGAGGACAGCCAGCAGGCUACGCAGCAGCAGGCUGAGUCCAGCCCCGAGUAAUGGAGAUCUUUGAGUCCCCAGCUGGAGGGCUCGUUUAUUGAUCAUAUUGUAUAAUGUAUAUGAGGAACUGUGUUGGUGCGCGCAACAAAGAGAUGGACUUGUUCGGCGCUCGUCAUUCCACAAAUUGUUAUUUGCAAUGUGCAUUUGCGGUGAGACUCGUGAGAUGAUAUAAAUUAGGUGAAGGAAGAGAGAGAGAGAGAGAGAGAGAGAGAGAGAGAAAGAGAGAGAAAUGUUGAGAGCUGCGGUUAUAUAUCUAUCUACACAGAUAAUUUUUCACCGAGUAUAAUGUAUAACGGUUUUAAGAGAAACUUUUAGAUAAGCCGAGCAAUUGAAAAGCUUCAAAAGCAUUUUGAGAAAAUUCACUAUGAUUUCCAAAGAAUUUUAAGAGUACUUAUUGUAAUGUAAUCAAUCACGGUCGCUAUAGCAAUUUAUUUCUUAGCAAUAGGUGUACGAAUAUUCGUUUCGUAAAUUAUCUAGGCAAAAAUAUUAUUAAUGUUUGGAAAAAGGGACAACUUUUUGGUGGUUUGGUAAAUUAAAAAGAAUUACUUUCAUUGAAAACUCGUCUUGGAAUAUUUGAUAACAUUUGAUGUACUUAAGGUGUGAGCAUUACAGAAUCGAUUUGCACUUUCAAAAGAUAACGUUGGUGACUAAAAAUGUACAUAUAGAUACGUUAAAAAAAUAUCUUUAUCUUGCAACGCAAACGUUUCUUCUAUUAUCAACUUUACGAGGGCCGCGGUAAUAGCACGGGACUGAUCAGUUUUUAAAAUGAAUUGUCAUUUUUUUUUUAAUUUAAGUUCCAAUAAAUGCUAAGAUUAAUUAUGAAUAAUAUCGAUAAGUAAAUAAUUUAAGUAAUGUAAGAUUAUCUAGUCAAAUGAAUAAUUAGAAAGUGGAUAGAUCUGAUUUUGAUAUCUCAAUGGACUGUUUGUAUUUUAUGGUCAAACCUAGGUUGAUAUUGUUAAACGCCGGUUUGACAAAAUGAGAGAAAUCAAACAGAGUUAUGAUUGGUCCAAUAUAGUAUAAUUUUUAAUGUAGAAUUUGAUUUUUUUCUAAUCUGAAAGUACAUAAGAGGUGAUGGUAUUAUAAAGAAGAAUGUAGCUUUUAGUUCAAAAACUACUCUUCCAUGAAUCAGAAAUAUUAUGAAUCGAUGUAGUUGCGAUGAAAAGAAAUUUGAAAUUUGAAUCCAAAAUGGUAUAUUACUUACUAGUGACUUGUCGUAUGAUGAGUAAUAAUUUUGUUGAAUAAUUUUCAGCUGUUAAUGAUAGUCAAUAGAGAAUAAUAAUAGUUGAUAGACCAACAGAUUUACAAUUCAUGUUGUAGCACUGUUAGGGAAAGUCUUUGAAUUUUCUGAGAGGUACAAAUAGAAACUAAGAUUUGAAAAUUUGCGGAUUCAAAAUUUAAAUGCACAUCAUCUGUUUAGCGCGAAUCGUAGUCUGCUAGGUUUUGUAAAAUAUCUCUCUGAAAUUAUUCAGAUACUUUUGAAAUUAAUGAUUUUGACAUUUAUAUGAGUGCAUGCGGAAGUUAAAUGUCUAAUCAUUGUUUUGAUACACUGUACCUAUAUUUCAAGUGAAUAUAAUUGGAUUUGUUUUUUGUGAUUUUAAUAUUGAGGUGUAAUAUUACCUUUAUUAAAUUUUUCCCAAAAACGCGACGACGUGGAUUGUGCAAUUCUUAGUAAUACGAUCAUGUAAUCAAAGAACAUUCUAAUGAGUACCAUAAUUCGAGAAAUUUUCAAAAAAGAUUUUUAUUGCAUUGUGUUUACAGAUAGUUGAAUUGACACAAAUUGACACUUAUUGUAAAUGAAACAUCUGCAAGUUGUAAAAGUAUGUUUGAGCUCGCGCUAGAGAUAUGUGUAUAAUACUUCUAUCGCUGUGUACUAUGUAAUGUAAUUUGUAAAUAUGUCGUCUAUGUGUCGCCUUUAAGCUUUGGUUAUUUUUGGUGUAAAGAAAGAAAAAUGGAAGCUUGUUCCAGUUGUUUCUUGAUGAAAGCGACGAAAGGAACUGACAAAAAGAAAAAUAAUUAAAAUGAUUAAAAAAUA